AAUUUUGACAAUAACAAAAAAAGAAAUGUCAAGCAAAAUGGAGGAAAAACUUACGACCUGUGGAAUUUCGUUUCUGAGUGAAAAUUAACUAAACAUCAGUCGAUAAACUGUGAAAAUUGUCACAUAUUUUGUUGCAGCAGCGAUGGGGGUUUUGGCUGGACAAAAUUUUGGUCAUUUCUCAUCUUAUUAACAGAAUUACUCGUUUUACUCAUUGAUGUAUUUUCGUUAUUUUAGGCGUUUGGAACUGCCGUUCUUUCAUUCCAUUGUAAUUUACUUUGUUUAUUUUCAUUCUAUCGUAUAUAGUUAGUUAUUAGGGUUAGGUUAGGUAAGGUUAGGCGCAGGUUUUAUAAUGAACAUACAAGUAUGCAGGGAUCCAUCAGACGCUGUGGCUUUGUACUUGCCGCAGCGUUUGUAUCUUAAAUCUUUUGCAAAGAUUAACAUUUCUGUCCAGCUCCCCUCCCACAAGGUACAUGGCAAGUCGAUCUCCAACUGGGAACUCAUGGAGAAGUUGCGGAAGAUGAUCCUACCUGAUAGUUUCUCGAUGUUAAAAGUGUCGAAGCAUAGUUCGGAAGUGAUAAGAUUUGAUGCGGAAUUAGAGAGUCGCGACAACCUCGAUCGAGUGCUCGCUAGGCUUGACGACAGAGUGGUGCAACUCAAGGAGUACCCUGAUCAGUUGAAGGUCCGUGUUAGUGAGGCCAAGUCUGAGUUCCCCAGUCGUCAUGACUGGGAUUCGUUCUUCCGUGAUACAACCGAGAUGGAUGAAAUGAAGCCUGGAGAGCGUCCAGACACUAUCCAUAUAUCCAAUUUGCCAAUAAGGUGGUUUGUACAUGAGAGGGAUAAAGAUGAGGAUGCACUUCCAUCAGAAAGUUUGAUGAAGAAGAUAUUUGAAAAAUUUGGUGCUGUCCGCCAAGUAGACAUACCUGCCUCUGAUCCUUACAGAAUGCAGAUGAAAUCAACAAUAAGAGGCAUCACCACACCACCACAGGAUGCCGCUCUGUACUUUGAGACCUACAUACAGUUUAGUGAAUAUGUUGGCUUUGUACGCUGUAUGGAUGCUUUACGAGGCCGGAAACUUCUCAGGAAGCGAGAUGACAUCGCAGAGUGGUGUGGUAUUAAAGUAGAAUUUGAUAAGACUAAACACAUGACUGAUGCUGCUGUGAAGCGAAGGUCUAUAGUUCGGGAAAGACUGACUUCUCGUCAACUAGCUAAGGAAAAUGAGGAAAAAGCAGAGAAGGAGAGGAUAGCGAAAAGAGAGGCAAAAGAGAGGCAAAAAUACGAGCGAUCUGAAAGAGAAAAGCUAGAGAAGAUGCGGGAACGAGAAGAGAGACGUAAGAAGAAGCAGCUAGCCAAGUUGAUGCAGAGCGACAACUUGGACCUGAACAGCAGGGUGGCUGAAGAACAGAAGAAACUGAUGAAAGCUCAGAAAAAGCUCCAGGCUAUUCGGUUGAUUGAGGAGCUGUUUAAGAGGAUAGAGUUACGUCCAGAACUACAGCGUAACGGUAACCGAGGGGAUCACUACUACUUACCUGGAGAGCGUACCGCUAGAGCUCGCAUCAUUGACAAGUUCAAACGACAGCAGCAGCAGCUGGUUGAAGAGCAGCGGAAUAAUUAUAAUAACGCUUUGAAUGGUCGUAUAGUAAUCCGCUCAGCCCUUGAAACUAAGAAGCCAAAACGCGAUUCAUCCAUCAGCUCAGUGUCAUCAGACGACCGCGCCAAUGAUAACAGAGAUCAUUACAAGAAGAUCAAAACGGAACGGCUGACCACGCCAGAGAGGGAAAUGGAGUAUAACAAGACUACAGCGGGAAUGUACAGCGUGCCGUACGGUUUCGGGUACCCGUUCGCCUGCCCGCCCGGAUACGCCUAUCCACCGCAAACGUCCAUGUACUACCCCGUGCGCGGCGCCUACUACCCGCCGCCCAACGACUACCGCCGUCCCCGCGGCCGGGGAAGAGGCAGGGGCAGGCCCAGGAUGCCUUACUUCGAUGGUCCUGAUGCUAAUCAGCAGUAUUACAGAUACUUCAAGAAGCUGACAGAAGGCAACCCUCACAGUGAACACGAGGACAGAUCUCGCGGCCGCUCGCACUCGCGCUCGCGGUCACGCCGCAGGUCACACUCGCGGUCAAGGUCGCGGCGCCGGUCCUACACAAGGUCAAGGUCACGCAGCCGAAGGUCCAGGAGCCGUAGGAGCAGGAGUAGACGGUCUAGGUCUAGGAGUAGGAGAUCCAGAUCUUAUCAGUCACGUUCCCGCUCCCGAUCACACCGUCGUUCCCGCUCGCGGCGAUCACGUUCUGCGUCACGCCGAUCCCGUUCCGCGUCACGGCGUUCCCCAUCACGUCGAACUCCCGAAAAGCCUGAGAGAACCAGUGUAGACAGCACUAAGUUCGUCUCACCUAAUCAUAUAAGAGCUAGAUCUAGGAGCUGGUCUCAAACGAAGCAAGUGGAAGCACCAGGGAGUCCUAAGGAUAAGAUUGAAUAAAGUAUAUCAACGUGAUUCCA